AUGGAGAUCUUCAACUCCUCCAUCCUCUACAUCCAUAAGCCAUCAAACAGCAACAUUGGGGCUGGUGACCUUACCCCAUAUGAAAUAUGUAAAGACAUGCCUGCUGCCCUGAUCUUUUAUCUGAUCCUGCAGUUCAUCAACUUGUUCCUGGGGAUCCCUGCUAACCUGAUGGUGCUGUGGCUCCUGCACAAGAACAAGGGGGACUCCUCCACCUCUGACAUCUUCAUCCUCCACCUGGCUGUCCUGGAUACCUUCUUCUGCCUCAUUCCACCCCUGGAAUUUGCCAACAAAGUCUUCCUCACCAUCAGCAGCACCUGGUAUGUACUGCGCUUCUUCUAUGGGGUCAAAGACUCUUCGCCACUGUUCCUCUCCUGCAUCUGCCUGGACCGCUACAUGGCUGUCCUGCACCCCAUCACCUUCACCGAGCUGAAGGACCGAAGCCACCGCACGGUGUGUACUGCCGUGGUGUGGCUGUUCACCCUAGCCUAUGCAGUGGCCAAAUGUGUGGACAACAUCCCCAACUUUGAGAAGGCCUUUGUCGUCAUGCUUCUGUCAGCGUUUGCCUUCAUGCUCUUCUGCAACGUGGCCAUCCUGCACGCACUGCGCCAGUCGGGGCCCGGCCGAGAUGAGAUGCACCCCGUCAAGAAGAGGGCCUUCAAAAUGGUGCUCAUUAUCCUGGCCAUCAUCGUCUUCAACUACUUCCCAUCUGUAGCACUCUUUCCCUUCCAGGAGCGUUUCUCCCAGGAUGAGUUUGUCUGUUUUGUCUACCCUAUAGCCUUUGCCUUCUUGGACAUCAGCAGCAGCAUUCAGCCCAUUCUCUACCUGUCCCGGGAGAAAAUUCCUGAUGUAUUUUGUUGCUGCCCCAAGGAUCAAGGCUCAGGAAACGCGACCAAUCCAAGCUGA